AUGAGAUUUUCAAGCGUCCCAAGCAGCCCGGAUCGCUCGAAUGGUGGCUUCCAAGAGCUCUCACUGCUAGACUCUGAGCCUAGACAGAGGCAAUCUAAUGGCACAUCGCCACUUGAAGUGCUGCAUGCCUUCCUAGUAUCCAUUUAUAUGAGCAUCCUCUCACUAUUCUCGAACGGAUCUGGAGCUACGCCGCCGAUUAAAAUCAAGAAUCGAUCGUAUACUGUUAUUAGACAGCUCGGUGAAGGUGGUUUCUCAUUCGUAUACGAAGUCAAGGAAUCCACACCUGGCGUUCCGAGCUCGCCACUUCGAUAUGCUUUGAAGAGGAUACGGAUACAGUUGCCUGAAUGGGAGGAUCGUGUCAAGUCGGAGAUUGCAGCACACAACCAAGUAAACUCCCCAAACGUUCUGAAACUCCUCGACUCUGAACUCGUCAUUAAGAAUGGACAUGCUGUGGAGGGACUGCUGCUACUGCCACUGCUGAAAAACGGCACAGUGCAGGAUAUGAUUGAUAACACGCCAAGCGGUGAAUUCAUACCAAUGAAGACUAUAUUAAGAGUAUCGGUUGAUGUGUGUCGUGGGUUACUUGCAUUUCAUUCACAUCAACCGCCGCUCGCCUUUCGUGAUUUGAAGCCUGCAAACAUAUUGAUUGACGAUGAUGGACGAGGCGUCCUCAUGGAUUUAGGCAGUGUCGCUCCAAGUCGCGUCACGAUAACAUCUAGACGGGAAGCACUUGCGCUACAAGAGCUGUGUGCGGAGACUGUGACUGCUCCAUAUAGAGCACCAGAACUGUUCGAUCCACCAAGUGAAUCGCAGAUUGAUGAGAAGACUGAUGUUUGGGCAUUAGGAUGCACGAUAUAUGCCAUGGCGUAUCGUCAAUCGCCGUUUGAUGGUAGCAUGACCGCUGCUGUUGGUGGUAGAGUUCAUUUCCCGUCAAAGCCUGAUCCAUACGGCCCAGGAUUCAGAGCAUUCAUUCAAGCCGUCUUGUCGACAGAGGGUAGAUCACGACCUGCUGUUGGCGAAGUGCUGAGGAGGUUACAGGCUAUGGAAAACAGUUUGAAUUACACGCCAGAAAACCUCUGA